UAAAGUCCAGGCAGAGGGGAGCUCAGUGCCUCCUACACACGCAGCCCAUUCCCGCUACUCCCUGCCCGGGGCUCCGGGAUCGGGACUGCAGCAUGCGGCUGCUGCUGAAGGCAGCGCUUCUGUGCCUGACCCUGGGCUUGGGGCAGUGCACCGAGGAGGCAGCACAGGACAGCACCGGCCACCAGGACUCCCAGGCAGAGUCAUCCUAUUCCGACUGGGGCAUCGAGACCAUCCGGGACAGCUUUGAAACGGUGAACAGCUACUUCGACUCCUUCUUGGAACUGCUUGGGGGAAAAAAUGGAGUCUGUCAGUACCGAUGUCGAUAUGGGAAGGCUCCAAUGCCACGGCCUCACUACAAGCCCCAAGAACCCAACGGCUGUAGCUCCCAUUUCCUGGGGCUCAAGGUACCUGGAAGUCUAGACUUGGGCAUCCCUGCCAUGACCAAGUGCUGUAACCAGCUGGACGUUUGUUAUGACACCUGUGGAGCCAACAAAUACCGCUGCGACGCCAAGUUCCGCUGGUGCCUCCACUCCAUCUGCUCCGACCUCAAGCGCAGCCUGGGCUUCGUCUCCAAGGUGCAAGCCUGCGAAUCCAUGGCAGACACGGUGUUCAACGCCGUCUGGACCCUGGGCUGCCGGCCCUUCAUGAACAGCCAGAGGAGCGCCUGCAUUUGCAGCGAGGAGGAGCGGGAUGAACUGUGAGGAAGAGCAGCCGCCAGUCUCCGGGAGCCGCUGCCAGCGUCCCCUCCCCAGCACAGUGACUCCUGUCAGCCCUCGGGCCCAGCACGGGAUGGGGGACCUGGGCCAAGCUCUGGGCAGAGCAGAGACAGCCUGUGAACACAGAGCAGCCGUGCCUGCUGUCCACCACAGAUGCAGCUCAACAGCCCCACCGCCCCUGUCCAAGUCCGCCAGCCGGCAGGACCUGGUGCCAGUUCUCUCCAUGGACCGAUCAGGAGUGGCAAGCAAGAUGCAGUGCUGGUUAUAAACACGGGGCUCACCUUGAAUACACACUAUUACCUCCCCCGACCCUGUAACUCUCUAAUUUGCAGUGAAGGCAUUAGGUUUCUGCAAGCCCUGUGAAAUUCCCAGUCCAUGGAUAUGCUAUUUACAUUUUUGCACCACUGGUGACAGACUGAAGAGGGGUAAUUUGCUUUCAGGACAUUGCUCACACCCAUCCCUGGCAUUUUCCAUCCUGUCAUUACACAGCCUGACAGCCCUGCAUAUUUAAAUACUUGGUGGGUCCUAAACUGAUUUAAGACAUCUGGAGAUUUGUUAAAUGUGAGUUAAGGAGAAGGGCUUCAGGUGUUUGUGGUACAUAAUUGAUAUUUGGGACCAAAGGCCACCAUUUAUCAGAUGUGAAAUCACAGCCCUCUCCCCCAGCCUCAGGAGAGGAAGCCACUUUUCUUUGCCAGUGUCAUCCACCUCUAUUUAAUUACUUUUCUCCUAUACCAUUUAACAAAGCUUUGCCCUUAGGAUCCCUUUUUACACAAAAUGGCUGGGUAUCCACCUCCGUUCUCUUGCAUGAGGGAAAUAAGAAGCUCACAGUGGCCUUGGAUGAGAUAUUCCAAAUUCUGUAUGCUUAUCUGUCAGGUGACAGGACUUACGUGCUACCUCUGUGGGGCUGCUAUCAGCAGCCUCAAACACCAUUCCUUCUAAAACGUGGUUAAUACUCCCAAUCUGUUUUGGGGAGCUUUCGUUGCAUGCAAAUCCAGAAUUUAAAGUGGUGCAUGGCAUUUCAUCUCCACAGAACACUGGCAGACAGCUUUCAGCUGGGUUUCUUGUUGGAAGGAAGCUGCUACUGGGUGUGCGUGUGCCGUGCCACGUAAAUAUUUCAGCGGCUCCUGCAAACAUAUUUAUGGAUAUGUUCUUCCAUCUGCCACAGAGAAGUUAAGGCUGCAAAAGUGUGAUUUAAUAAGAGUGGAAAGAGUCUGUCUUGGUUGCUUUUCUUCCAGUUUAAAUGGGUUUAAAAUGCGACAAAAUGAUAAAUUAUUUAAGCCAUGUGUUCCUGCUCCUGCCCGUCAUCUUUGCCUUACAGCAAACAGCAAUGAGACGUUCAGCUGGCCCCAAACAGGCUGGAACAACAGGAGCCCACCGGUACCCAGAGCAGGAAAAUGGAAGUGACUGUGGGGUGUACUGUGAUGCUUUCCAUCACAGAGGACUUCAACACUGAUCAGAUGUAAUAACCUUUCCUAGCUAGGCUAAUGCCACUGGAGAGGGAACGCUGCAUUGCCAAGGCUCACCGCUCUCUCGGAGCAUGAGGCUGGACAGACAACCUUGAUUAUCCAAGAAACACAUACUUUUGGUUAGGGAUGGGAAGGAAAUAUUCCUCAUUCCAGACACUUCCCAAACUUUCUAUUUUGUUGGUGAAAUGGUGCCCGUGGCCAGUUUAAAUGUGAACGUACUCUUAUGAUUAAAUGACAAAAAAUAAAUGAAAAUAGCUAUAUUGUCUAUGCUCGAUAGCUGACUGGAUGGCAAAUGUCUUAAAUUAUUUCAGUUCAAGUGAUAUCAGAUUAAAGCCAAGCAACUGCUGGCAGGUGAUGACAUACACUGGAGAAAUCAAAGGGCUCUGAACAAAAUCUCUGUCACUGAUGCACUGGAGACAUCUCUAACAUAAAUCCUCAUUUCUCCAUGCUUCCAGACCACCAUUCAUCCCCAAACCCUACAGACUGCUGCAAGCAGGCAAGAUACUGAAGAAGUUCAUUUUUCACUGUGGUAAUCUGAAAAACCCCACCAGCAGCUCUACAAGGAAAUAUUUGAACCUUCAAGUGGUGGCAGUGAGUCCAGCAAACCACCAGAUAGUCCUGAGUGGGAGCAAACCAGCGCAGGAGCUCCAGUAAAACUGCAUCCAAACUGCUAAACUGCUUCUCCUCCGUGCCACUCCUGCUAUCCAGUGAUGUACAGCCACGGAAGCAGCUGAUCACAGGAUUCUCCAGGCUGUUGCACAAACCUUGGGUCAUCUUCAAUUCCACCCUGCUCUGGACACAAAGACACCACUUUGCUCAUCCCAUGGCUUCCUCUUGACAGUGCAUUGGCAGGACUGUUUUCAGCUGCAGAGUAGAAAAGCUGCUGCACAUGAAUUUGUCAGAAAGAAGCAAAUAAUGUGCACAAUAACUGAAAUAAGCCAGGAAAGGAACUUCUCCCUGCAUCACUCCCCCUGCAUCCCCCCUUCCAUAUGGACAAACAAGACCAGUUGAUUCUCCAGAAAGCACCAGAUAAUUAAUUUCAUUUCCCAGCUCUUGUUUUAUCAAAACAAAUAUAUUUAGCAAAGGCUGCCUGAAAAAGAAGUGACAGUGGGAAACUGCCCCUGUGGUCCUAGUGCAGACAUGAAUCAGCAGAACAGCAACCCUAGGAGAAGCCUUUUUCCUUCCUUUUUCUUUCACAUAUGGUUAGAUAACACAUGAAAAGUGUCUUUCCAUUUAUACCCACUUAUCAUCAUAGAAACAUUUUUGUUUACACUAACACAUAUUCCCAGAUUGGAAAAGCAGCCAUGAAGGUAUUUAGAAAAAAUAUUAAACUCUCAGCCAUUAAAUGUUCAUUCCUCACUGGAAUCUCACUUGCCAGAACAAAUAAAUCUGUGAAAUAGGCUGAAA